AUGGCAAAGAGUAUCGGCUCUUUCCAACAACUUACGACCCGAACCGGACGUCUGUGGAGGAGAAGGUGUGGUCCAACACCAGCUUUGACUAUCUUCGUCGCUUACGCUCCAACAUCAAGCUACGAAGAAGAAAAAGUCGAAGCUUCCUAUAUGGACCUGGAGAAGUUCUACCGAGAGGAUCAUGCCUUCUCCAAGGUCAUAAUUGGCGAUUUCAACGCCAAAAUUGGCGCACGAAGAACGCCUGAGGAACUUCACAUCGGGACCCAUUGCCUGCAAUGGAAUGAACAGGGGGAGAGGCUCUCAGGCACGAUUGACCACAUUCACACUGUUUCGAAACUCAUCGAGGUAUCACGAGAGUACAAGAUGCCGCUCUGUCUCACCUUCAUCGACCUGAAGAAGGCCUUUGACUCAGUUGAGAGGGAAGCGGUCGUGGAAGCCUUGGAGAACCAAGGCGUCCCUACUCAGUACAUAAAGCCACUCGCGAGAACGCAGUGCGAAUGGGACGACAUGGGAGUGAAAGUUGACGGUCAGCAGCUACACUAUCGGAGCUUUGCUGAUGACAUUGUAGUGAUAACACCUAGCAUCAGCCAAGCGGAACGAAUGCUGACCGAAUUCGACGAAACACGUGGGUGCAUCGAUCUUCAGCUGAAUCUCCAAAAGACGAUGUUUAUGCGCAACGGAUGGGUCUCGGAUGCCCCAUUCACGCUGAACGGAACGAACAUAUCGGAAUGCACCAGCUACGUUUAUCUGGGUCGGGAAUUGAACAUGAUUAACGACCUGACCCCCAAGCUGGGCACGAGGAGAUGA